UUACCAUCAAGUUAGAUAUUCACCACAAUGAGUGCCUUUCAGCUUGUGGCCCAGUUUUUGCAUGACAAAGGGUAUCUCGAAACCUUGGCCCAGUUCCAGAAGGAGCACGGCAAGCCAAUUGCAUUUGAUGAGCUCGAUGAGUCGUUGGAGGACAUCGUGAAGGAUCGGACCGUCUACAAAACUAUCGAGCAGAACGUGGAAGACUUGAAGCUAAGCGAGUGGACAGAGCACCCAUUGGCUGAGGAAUUGGCAGAGUGGAAGGACGGAGCGCUUCCAAGCGCUCAGGAAGUGGCUGGAAUUGACGAAUUGGUCAUUUCUGGAGCCAGCGAUGCCAACUACCUGUUUCUCACCACCAACAAGUUGACAGUCGAGGUGGUGGACGUACAGACUGGGAAGAUCAAAAAGAGUUUAUCACAGGUGUUGGGACGAGUGGUGGUUAAGAACGUGGUUCCGUUGACUGACCAGAGGGUGAUUUUCAUUGGAAUGGAUGGAAAGUUCCAUUUAUUUCACUACGAUGCUGACGUCGAAUUAGAGAAAGUCAGCUCCAUUCAGGGCCACAAGCGCUUGGUUGUGGAUGCCAGGAAUAUCCGCGUGGGCGAGAAGGAAUACGUGGUGUCUUUGGGAUGGGACUUCAUGUUGAAAGUGUUCGAAGUGACGAACCAAAUAGUGCCUGUGGCAGAACUCAAGUUGACUAGCCAGGGAACAUGUUUCGACGUUGUAAACUACAAGGGUGACACCGUAAUCGUGUUGGGAAAGCACGAGAGCACUUUGCUCGAGGUGAUCCGAUUGAAUGUGGAUGCCAAACAACUCGUCCCUCAGUAUAAAAUUUCCCUUAACGAUGCUGAGUUCACCCAGUACGGAUUUUCUCCCAUGGCAGUGGCCAUUGACACUACCACGAUGCCAGUGCCUUUGGUGGUAGUUGGCACCUCUCACGAGCCAUACAUGCGGUUGAUCGUAGUAUCGUUGGCAGAGUACGGUGUCGCCAAAGACAUUGCUAGAAACCAGAUCCUCAAGAACGUCAAUUCCAUGUCGCCACAGGACAAGUACAGCCAGGCGCUUGUGGUGUUCCGUGGCUCAGGAGUGUGGGUUGCUGGAGACGACGGAGUGUUGAGGGGCAUCGACCUCAAGCACGGGAAGGUGGUAGCCGAACAUGGAGGCCAUAACGGGAAAAUUAAGCACUUACAAGCGGCUACAGGCGGGUUGGUGUCGUGUGGUACCGACAAGGUGGUGAAGGUCUGGAGGUAUUGAGGAGACUAGGGGUUAAAUGGAAACGAGCCUACAUUUUACCAUAUCUAUCUCGAUCUUCUCGAAGGGACAUCCUUACUCUGAGGGUUGUAUGGUGCCCAGUGAAGGAGCAUAAAAUAUUUCAAUAAUUCUUCUGCAGAUAGGUAAAGCCUAUAAUUUGAGUAGUGACUUCACAGGACCCUCCCAAUCUGUUCGAUCUCACAUACAGCUAUAAUUGAAUAAUAUUAGUCUGGAUUGGCCAAGGAGGCUUUGAGCUUUCCAGGCCAGAUCGUGAAAUCCACGAUAUUUUUCUUUAGGCCAUGGGCACUCUACAGCAACUAUAAAACAUUGUAAAGAGACUGAUACCGGUCUCAACUACAUUCUUGAACCAGCUCCAUGAAUAAUUAGUAAUGCAUGUUAUUUAAUAUUUGACUUC